AUGACUCGUUCGACAACAUGCGACAUCACAAACGUCCACAUGGAGCUCUGCAUCUUGUAUUGUGGCCUGUUCGUGGUUGCAAUGGCGAUCAGGACUUUGAAUAUGCACGAAUCAUCAUACGUUACGUGGGAUGAAGCACACUUCGGUCCUCAGAUCGGCUUCUCACUGGCACGAAGAUUUUAUUUUGACAUCCACCCACCACUUGGAAAACUGCUUUUUGCCCUCUGUGCGUACGUUACAGAUUUUGACAAUACAUUUCCCUUUCAACCUGGGCAGGCGUAUCCGAGUGACCUCAAUAUUACUUCUCUGCGCUGGUUUAGUGCUUGUUUUGGCGCCCUCUGCGUUCCUCUGACUUAUGCAAUCGGCCGCAACCUCCAGCUCCACGGCUUCAAUGUUUGGCUGAUCACCGUAAUGGUCCUUUGUGAUCAUUCAUAUACGACGAUAUCCAGGUUCGUCCUGCUGGAUCCCAUCUUGUUAUUCUUUACCUUGCUAAGCAUCAAAUUCUGGACUGAUUGCCAAUCAUUGCUUGAUACUGCUCCUUUCUCAGCGCGUCUGCCCAGUCUUAUCCGCGCAGGUUUCAGCGUAGGGUUGGCAUGCUGUACAAAAUGGUCUGGCUUGCUCACAUUGUCUACGCUGGUUAUAUUUACUAUCAUUCGGACGUGUAAGCAAGAGUACGCGAUUGGCUCGAAAUACUCACGGCGCUGCUACCGCCUCUCGGUUUCCAUGUGCGCAUUGGUCCUUCUACCAUGUCUAACUUACAUCGGGAUCUUCAGCAUCCACUUCUGCUUGCUUAAUCGCUCAGGUCCAGGCGACGGUUAUAUGUCUGCGCAGUUCCAGUCGUUACUCCAUGGAUCCCACGUCGGAAAGUCUGGGCCAAAAUUUGUGCGCUCUGAUCAAUCAGUGACUCUCAAGAACUUUGGAUAUUCAGGGGGCCUACUAUGGAGCUCGGCUAGGAAAUAUCCUAGUAGUCGCAAAAACUACCAGAUCACUUGUACAUCGACCAAGCUGAGCACUUCCCAGUUGUGGGUAUUCAUGCCGCAAAAGACGAUCAGUGAUCCCAGUAGAACGGGUACUGAUGAAAUUCAACAAGGAAUGAAGGUCCGAAUCAUGAGUUCAGAUAAAAAGUUCUACUUGACAGCUCAAAGUCAAGCAGCUCCUUUGACAAAGAAGCAUAAAAUGACGGCUGGUAUACUGUCGGCGGAUCUGUUUACAGGCGAGGAAACAUGGAUCAUUGAGGACUAUGCUUCGUGUUCCAAAGCAAUUAGCGAGCCUAUCAAACUCAUCUCGACAACGUUCAGGUUGAGGAAUCUACUCCACGACUGCUAUCUAGCAGCAGGAUUUGAAACGCUUCCAGCUUGGGGUAUGUCACAGGUCGAAACAACAUGCGUACCAGCCGAUAUGGCACUGCAGAGGGACACAUUAUGGCUCGUCGAGGAGCAGUUUGACACUUCAAUCGUGGCUCAUGCCAACUCGGUUCCAGUCGGCAUUCACCAUCCUGCGCUUUCAUUUCUCAGAAACAUGGCUGACAUCCACGUUGCCAUGUGGAAGGUUCACAGAAGGUUCUCGCGCAGCCCUGAUAAGUAUGGGAAGCUGGCAUCCCAGCCAUGGCACUGGCCGUUGAUGCAGACGGCGAUGAGAAUGACAUCGUGGAGCUCAAACAGGACCAGAUACAUCCUACUAGGCAACCCCUUUGUCUACUUCACAUCUACACUGUCUGUCUUUGUGGCCCCGAUUCUUAGUAUGGUACGUCUAGGUCAGCCAAAGGGAAGAAGAUCUAGUCCCUACCAUGCAAAGAGCGGAUACUCAUUCUCACUUGCUGGAUGGGCAAUUCAUUUCCUACCAUACAUGUUAAUGGAUCGACCGCUGUAUUCUCAUCAUUACUUACCCGCACUAUUCUUCGCAAUCUUAACCACAGGAUGUGUGGCUGAACAAGUGUUGUAUGGUUUACCAAGAUUCUUAAGAAGUGUAACGUAUAUGCUUCUCUACGUUGUCCUCUUCUGGAAUUUCUGGUACUUUCGAGCCUUUAGUCUUGGAAUGAAAGGUUCACACUCGGAUUGGCAACAUCUACAGUGGUUUAGUUCGUGGCAAAUCCGCUGA